UUUUUGCUGUAAUAUUUUUGUUUUGAAAAGUCACUGUGACUGAUAGAAAAGUGAUGGUUUUAGCAACAUUUUAACCUGUCUGAAUGCUAAUAAUCAUUUUGCGUCGGGGGGCGAAGCCCUGAACCCUCCACCAGGACUUUGUCCUGGACCUACCGAGGCCUGCGGCCCUUGGACCCUGGCUACUAGGUUUUUCUGAUUUCAAAAGUUGGCAGGUAUGAAGUAAUAUAAAAUUGAUCAAAUGUGGGCCGCAAAGAGUUCCCGGAACUUUAAAUACGCAGACAUAGUUUCCCUAUGGCUGCUGCAUUGCAGCGCAAUGAGAGCGGUGGCGUGCGGGAAGUGGAACGUUUUAAAAAAAGUACUUUUAUUAACGCGCACAUGUUAAAAAUUAAAUUUCAAUGUUGAUGAUGUGCAUUUAUUUAACAAAAAUGAACGUUAUGGCAAGCAUGAAAAUAGUUUAUUUCAGCUAUUUUCCUUAAAAUACGCACUGAGUCUGUGGCGUAUGUUAUAGCUCAUUACUCAAUGGAACAAACCAAUCAAAAGAUGACCAAGAAAAUGCAUUAGGUAAGAAACCCUUCCAUCGGUGCCAAAUCUGUUUGAGGUGGCGAGCCACCACAACUAUAACUUAACCCUGUAAAUGAAAACAUAAUCUGUGAUGUUAAUAUUGUCACUUUUAGUCGCUCUAGUUUAGCUGGGAUGGGGCCUGGUUGUCACUAGGCGAUCCGUGAGUCACGUCAGACUUGUCCCGGCAUGUCUACUACGAUGAUUCAAUCAGCUGUUGCAGUCUGUGUGUGUGCGGUGCUGACUCAGCCCAGCUGGCCCUGAUAGGCCGGAAUGAACUAGAGGCAGCCUAGCGUAAGUCUGGUCUAGUCCUGACAUGUCUCAGUCGCUCUAUAAGGGGACGCUGCCGCACUUGUCUCCCACUCCUUCUGCACUUUACCUCUGCAUGUCUUGCACAUCAUGGACCACUGACUGCACUCUCUGAUUGUCCAGAUCAUCUAACAAAUACAACAUGGACACCUCUGACGACAACAAACUGGUCCGACCCAAGGAGGGGUUGUGCUCUUUGCUGCAGCUGGCAGGAGCCACCAAAGAUGUCCUUACCAUGAAGGAGGUGAUGUUCUACCUGGGUCAAUACAUCAUCCAGAAGCAGCUGUAUGACCAGAAGCAGCAACACAUCGUGCACUGCUCCCAUGAUGAGCUGGGCCGCGUGCUUGGCGUUGACAGCUUCUCAGUCAAAGAACCUCGGGUUUUAUUUACCGUGCUCACCAAGAACCUGGUGGCUGCGACGAGCCAAGAAGACUCCUCGCAAAGUUUAGGUGAAGCAAGCAGCAGCAGCAGCCAGGUGGAGCAGACGCAGGUCAGACAGGAAGCUGCAAGUUGCUCCACAACACCAAACAGGAGGAGACAAAGGAGGCGGCGGCGUAGGAGCUGCAGAAGCAACGACACAGGCCCCUCCCACAGCAUAGAGGAGGAUAAGGAAGAGGAGGCCUCAGAGGAGGAUGAGGACGGUCCAAAGAGGAGGAGGUCGGACAGUUACUCCCUGACCUUUGAUGACAGCCUGUCCUGGUGUGUGAUUGGUGGACUGGCAGCUGCGGGGGACAGACAGUCGUCCAACUCUCACAGCGCUGGAGGGAGGUCGGAGGUCACGACUGCUGCAGCCGAGUCUGACAGCGACAACUUCAGCGUGGAAUUCGAGGUGGAGUCUGUCCAUUCCGACGACUACGGCGAAGACGACGCGUCUUUGUCUGCAGACGACCAGGUGUACGAGUUCACCAUCGUCGAUACGGAAGACGACGACUCGUUUGACGAAGACACGGAAAUCACUAAAGCCGAUUACUGGCGCUGCGGCAAGUGUGACGAGUUGAACCCGCCUCUCCCGAGAAACUGCCUUCGUUGCUGGAUGCUGCGCCAGGAUUGGCUGCGGGACACUUCCUGCCCUAAGGCCCUGCCCAGGAAGCCGACGAACCAAUCAGCCGUCGGAGAUUCUGCAGGUUCUGAUGCUGAGGAUAACGAAGGCGUCGACGUUCCGGAUGGAAAAAGAACAAAAAGUCCUGAUCCUCAGUCUCAAUGCUACUCUGACUCCGCCUCCUCCGCGACCAACUCCCAGGAUCUCCUGUCCAUCUCCCAGCCCUCCUCCUCCUCGCAGGAGAAGCUGUGGACGAGCGAUUCCCAGCCGACCUCCUCCACAGAGUCACUGGAGAUUCUCCCGUUCUCCGCCGCCGAUCCGCCCGCCCCCGGCCACGUCCCCGAGCUGGAGCGCAGCGUGUCGGCCGAGUGGCGCCUACCCGACUCGUGUCUGGACCCGUGUUUGAUCUGUCAGUCCCGACCCAAAAACGGCUGCAUCGUCCACGGCAGGACGGGUCACCUCAUAUCCUGCUACGUCUGCGCCAGGAAGCUUAAGAAGAGGAACAAACAGUGUCCCGUCUGCAGGCUUCCCAUCGAGGCUGUGAUCCUCACCUACGUCAGCUGAGACCUCCCUGAAGUGUGCUGACCUACCUCUGCCUUCCACAGUUGAUCUCCAGCACGUUGAAAUAAUAUUAAUCAAUAAUCAUUCAUCUAUAUUCUAGGAAGUUCCAAAAAUGUUCCUGAAAUAAUUUUUCGUUUGUGUUUAUUUUCAACAAUCAGCACCAACAGAAACAUGUCAAGCAAUGUUUGAUGUUUUUGUCACAAAGUAUUUUCGUGCGUAGUUUAACAUAAUGUCACUCUUUACAUUUUACAUGCAGUUUUGUGAUGAUAGAAUAUUCUAUAAAUGUUUCCUGAAGUAGGAAAUGCGAAGUUUAACUUAUAAUCUUGUCAGGAAGUAUCCUUGAAAUAAU